CGGAAGUUGUGUGCCGAAGAGAAGCUUCCCGAAGGAAAGCCUGAUGGCCGGGGCCGCGGCCGCCACCGCCGCCGCUCCGCCGGAGACGGCACUCCCAGCGGCGGAUGGCCCCGGAUACGACGGCGAAGACUACGAGGGGGAGGAGUGCCGCAUAUGCCGCCUCCCCGCCGAGGCGGACCGCCCUCUGCGUCGCCCCUGCGCCUGCCGCGGCAGCAUCAGGUUCGUCCACGACGAUUGCCAGCUCCGGUGGCUCGCCGCCCGCCAACAAAACCGCUGCGAGGUGUGCAACCGCGACAUCUCCACCCGUCCUCUCUACGCCGCAGAUGCCCCUGCGAGGCUGCAUGUUUCUGAGCUCAUGGCGGGUUUGCCCAGGAAACUCAUGGGUCUGCUGCUCCCCCUAUUCUUCGCCUUCUGUGUCGUUUGGGAGUUUGUCAUUCCGCUCACCACCCUCUGGACAUGGCGUCUUGCGCUCGCCACGACCUUUGCUCAAGUGCACCAUCUACUCUCCCUACGCCUAUCUGUGACCUGCAUCCCUGCUUCAAUUGCGCUCUGGGCUACAUUUGUACGCUGGGUUGCACCAUUUGCUGUAGCUCCAUAUGUGUGCUGGGUUCAACGCCUGGUUACUUGGAGUGAGAGCCAGGAGUUUUGGUUACUUGAUGCCUUCCAGGUCCUAGCGAUAUUGGCUGUUGAAGUUUCCUUGGCGGUGGUAAUAGUUGACAUGGCCCUUGCUUGUAUAUUUUGUUUUGUCCCAUUUUCAUUGGGAAGGAUAAUUCUAUGGUCAACAUCAUGUCUCAGCUUUGGCAAUGUGGAUGAAGUCAAUUCUUACACUUCAACAACUUCUACCCUUCUAAUUGGAUAUGAACUUAUCUUUAAGGUGGGUGCAAGUUUUGCUGUGGUGCAUACUUAUCCGUACUUGAGGGGCGAGCGCCUUGUGGUCACAAUUUUCUUUAGAAGAUUGUAUGGUAUAUUCUUCAGAGGGAUCAUAAAAUUAACCAGAGUUGCCAAUAUUUCUCUUAAUAUCCUAUACAACGUGAUAAUAUACCCAUUGUUCUUCGGCUGGUCGCUUGAUAUCUGCACUUCAAAAAUGUUUGGUGCAACAAUGUCCCAGAGGUUUAAUUUUCUGAUUGCUUCAUCCUUUGCUUCUGCUGCCCUACAUUGGCUUAUUGGACGUUCCUUUUUGAAAAUACGCCCCAGAUUAUUCAGACUUCUUCACAAGAUAUUCGGGCCAGGAGUUGUCACUCCCUUUCUCCACUAUAACUUCUCCGAACCAUUCUACAAAUUUUAUUUAAAGAACCUUCUUGGUCUUUUUGUGGACACUUUCUUUGUUGCUCUGGUCAUUCUUGUCCCUAUCAAAAUUGCUGACCUUUUGGCACCAGAGGUGUUCCCACUAGAUAUCACCUACUUUGAUCAUCCUGCUAAGGGCACAUCAGUUUGGCAAGGGCCACUACUAAACUUUGCAGAGUUACUUUCUGCUGUUCAUCACAUGACGUAUCUCAUUGGCAAAACAGUCAUCUGCCUUGGGCGUGUAAUGGAGAGGGUAGUGGGGGAGGAGCUGCACAGGUACUUCCAUUCUUGUAAAAUGGCCAGUGAUUUUGGCACGUGCUCUCCUGUUUACCUCUGUUCAAGGGGACAGUCCAUCUCAGCAUCUCUUGCGAAAAUAUGCUUACUUACCCUUCUUGCACAUUGCAGCAGGAGAUAUGCUGCUGUUCAAACAAUUCUAGGCGUGGUCCUAGCAUGGUUGACUGCUGUGAUGUUCUAUUCUGCUAUGCUUUUGUUUCCAGUCUCAGUAGGUCGUGCAUUGCUGAUUGCCAUCCCUCCGCUGCCAGUAGCAGGUGGAUUGAAGUCCAAUGAUUUGUUUGCUAUUUCUGUUGGAUUUUGCGUCAUAUCAACUAUCAUUGCCGCCCUUAGAGAUUUAUCUGCAUGCAUGACUUCUGGGGGAACAUGCCUUCUAGCUUUGAAGAGGGAUCUGCUUUUCUUCAUAUGGACGGUCAUCAUUCCUCUCUUGAUUGGUUUGCUGGCUGACUUAUUACUGAUAUCACCCUUCGUUGGCACCGAUGAUGAUUUUCCAGCUCUAAACUUUUUCCGCACUUGGCUCCUGGGCCGGUUCUUUAAGCUCUUAUGGAUUAACCACGUCGAUGAAAGUUGGGAGGCGAAGCUUAAGCGGGCAAAUGAAGAUUUUGCUGCAGAGCUCAGACCAAUGUGGUGGUUCUUUCAAGAUGUGUGCAUUCCUGUCGCCAUGAAGCUACUCGUUGCUCUGGGUGUUCCUUAUGUUCUCGCCAAGGGCGUCUUCCCAAGAUUGGGCUACUCUGCCUCCCUGAACUCGACGGCCUACCGUUUCUCAUGGUUGGGCAGCCUUGGCAUUUGCGCCUUCUACUAUCUUGGCAAUGUGUUGUUCGUUCAGCUCCAUGAUUCUAUCAGGCAUGACCGCUAUGCCAUUGGGCGGAGGCUGGAAGACGUUGGAGGCAGAAGCUGAAGACUCUUUUCUGAGGACUUUCUUGUAGCAGUUAGUUCACUUCAGAUAGGGAUAGGGUGAGUAAUAUCAACACUUGGGUGUGCAGACGGAAAGGAAUAUAUAGGUCGCGUUACUGACAGGAUGGAUGCAAAUGAGAUGGUUCCAAACAGACAAAUUUCCCACGAAACUUGUACAUAUGGGCGUGGUUUUCUGUGUGGAGGGCAUUUGCUGAAUUCAGCAUUUGUGGACAUCUAAACUUGACAAGACAGUUUGUAUACUUGUUUCCGCAUCACAGCUGACUGAUUUCAGGUA